CGGCCACGGCCACGUACGGAAAAUCGAAUUCUCGAUGGAACCGGCAGCCGAGCGACGCCUGAAAGCCAUUCAAGGCCACCUGCUUCCGCUCGCCGGCGGGGAUUCCUUCUCGUUGAUCCGUUCAAACCUCACCUCCGGCGAAUAUUUUCAGGGUCAAAGGUACAGCGUAGUUCUUCCUGAAAAAUUGCACACUGGAAAGUGGGAUGUAUACAGAUCUGUGCUCUCUCCGUUGAAGCUUGUAACUAGAUUCCCUGAUCACCCUGAUAUUGGUACUCUGCAUGACAACUUUGUGCAUGCAGUUGAAACCUUUCAAGAUUACAAAUAUUUGGGCACACGUAUACGAGUAGAUGGAACCAUUGGAGAAUACAAAUGGAUGACAUAUGGAGAGGCUGGAACAGCUAGGUCAGCAAUAGGUUCUGGGCUUCGUUUUUGUGGACUAGAACCAGGAGCUCGUGUGGGAAUUUAUUUCAUAAAUAUGCCUGAAUGGCUCAUUGUGGACCAUGCCUGCUCAGCAUAUUCAUUUAUCUCUGUCCCUUUAUAUGACACUCUUGGUCCUGAUGCUGUUAAGUAUAUUGCCAACCAUGCCAAUAUAGAGGCCAUCUUCUGUGUGCCAAAUACCCUGAAUACUUUGUUGAGCUUCUUGUCGGAGAUUCCUUGUGUGCGUGUCAUAGUGGUAGUGGGAGGGAUAGAUGAACAUCUCCCUUCUCUUCCAUCGGGAACUGGAAUUAAGCUAUUAUCAUAUUCAAAGCUACUUACUCAGGGUCGGGCCAAUAUUCAGCCGUUUCACCCUCCCAAGCCCGAAGAUAUUGCUACCAUAUGCUAUACAAGUGGUACAACAGGGACACCGAAGGGUGUUGUAUUAUCACACGCAAACUUGAUUGCAAGUGUGGCAGGGAUGACCCUUUCAAUCAAGUUCUAUCCCUCGGACAUAUACAUAUCCUAUCUACCUCUGGCACAUAUCUAUGAACGAGCUAAUCAAAUUACGUCAGCAUAUUAUGGAGUUGCUGUUGGGUUCUAUCAGGGGGACAAUCUGAAAUUGAUGGACGAUUUGGCAGCUCUUAGACCUACAAUUUUUUGCAGUGUCCCUCGCCUUUACAACAGAAUAUAUGCUGGGAUCAUAAAUGCUGUGAAAACUUCUGGAGCACUAAGGGAAAGACUGUUUAAUGCUGCUUACAACUCCAAAAAGCAAGCUAUCAUGAAUGGUAGAAAGCCAUCACCCAUGUGGGAUAGAUUAGUGUUCAAUAAGAUAAAGGACAAACUUGGAGGUCGGGUUCGUCUUAUGACUUCAGGUGCCUCACCAUUAUCUCCUGAUGUCAUGGAGUUCUUGAGGGUAUGUUUUGGCUGUCAAGUUACUGAAGGGUAUGGCAUGACUGAGACUUCGUGUGUUAUUAGCACUAUGGAUGAAGGUGACACCUUAACUGGCCACGUUGGUUCUCCAAAUCCAGCAUGUGAAAUCAAGCUUGUUGAUGUUCCGGAGAUGAAUUACACAUCUAUGGAUCAACCUCAUCCUCGUGGAGAGAUUUGUGUCAGGGGCCCCAUUGUUUUCAAAGGCUAUUACAAAGAUGAAGUGCAAACGAGAGAGGUAGUUGACGAAGACGGUUGGCUAUAUACUGGAGAUAUUGGAUUGUGGUUACCUGGAGGUCGCUUGAAGAUUAUCGACAGGAAAAAGAACAUAUUUAAGUUGGCUCAGGGUGAAUACAUAGCUCCGGAGAAAAUUGAGAAUGUUUAUGCCAAGUGCAAAUUUGUUGCACAAUGCUUUGUAUACGGUGAUAGCUUGAAUUCGUCUCUAGUAUCUAUAGUUUGUAUAGAUCCAGAUGUGUUGAAGGACUGGGCUUCAUCUGAGGGUAUUAAGUAUGAAAGUUUGCAACAAUUAUGCAAUGAUCCAAGAACCAGAGCUGCGGUUCUAGCAGACAUGGAUGCCAUAGGAAGGGAAGCUCAGUUGAGAGGCUUUGAAUUCGCAAAAGCUGUCACCUUAGUGGUCGAGCCUUUCACAGUCGAGAACGGUCUUCUUACACCCACAUUCAAGGUGAAGAGGCCACAGGCAAAAGCAUACUUUGCUCGAGCAAUAUCUGAAAUGUACAAUGAGCUGUCAAGAUCCGAUCCUGAGCAGAAAGUUCUAUAAUCACCAAACAGUGCUUCAGGUUUACCUCUUAUAUUUUAAUAUAUAUAAACUAGUUACUCCAACCUAAUUGUUGUAUUUGCAACUUGCAACCAAACAGCAUUUUAUUUUUAUUUUUAUUUUUAUUUCUAUUUCUAUAGCCAUGUGUAUGGCUGUACCAUUUUCGAAGAAGAAAAAUAGUGUUAUAGUCAAGGUGAUGGUUUUAAUAAUUCUAGCCUCCAAUCAGUAAUUUCCCUCCCUGAA